GGUGGGGGCUUCCACUUCCGUUUAAGGUGGCAAGCUCCACGUCAUCGGCUGUGUAAGCAGAGGGGCCAGCCGCAAGGCAAGCCUGGAGCCCAGCUCUGAGCUCUGAGCGCCAUGGGUCCCUAAGUGCAGGCCCCUGGCUGACCCCCACUCCGCCCCACAGGACCCGCCCGCCUGCCCCUAUGACCAACAUGAGCUGGAGCUUCUUGACGCGGCUGCUGGAGGAGAUCCACAACCACUCCACCUUCGUGGGUAAGGUGUGGCUCACGGUGCUAGUGGUCUUCCGCAUAGUGCUGACGGCUGUGGGCGGCGAGGCCAUCUACUCGGACGAGCAGGCCAAGUUCACCUGCAACACGCGGCAGCCAGGCUGCGACAACGUCUGCUACGACGCCUUCGCGCCCCUGUCGCACGUGCGCUUCUGGGUCUUCCAGAUCGUGGUCAUCUCCACGCCCUCGGUCAUGUACCUGGGCUACGCCGUGCACCGCCUGGCCCGUGCGUCUGAGCAGGAGCGGCGCCGCGCCCUCCGCCGCCGCCCGGGACCCCGCCGCGCGCCCCGAGCGCACCUGCCGCCCCCGCACGCCGGCUGGCCUGAGCCCGCCGACCUGGGCGAGGAGGAGCCCAUGCUGGGCCUGGGCGAGGAGGAGGAGGAGGAGGAGGAGACAGGAGCAGCCGAGGGCGCCGGCGAGGAAGCGGAGGAAGCCGGCGCGGAAGAGGCGUGCUUAACUAAGGGGGCCGGCGCUGACUGCAAGGCGACGGGGACCCGGGGCACGGCCGGGCAACACGAUGGGCGGAGGCGCAUCCAGCGGGAGGGCCUGAUGCGCGUAUAUGUGGCCCAGCUGGUGGCCAGGGCAGCUUUCGAGGUGGCCUUCCUGGUGGGCCAGUACCUGCUGUACGGCUUUGAGGUGCGGCCGUUCUUUCCCUGCAGCCGCCAGCCCUGCCCGCAUGUGGUGGACUGCUUCGUGUCGCGCCCUACUGAGAAGACGGUCUUCCUCCUGGUUAUGUACGUGGUCAGCUGCCUGUGCCUACUCCUCAACCUCUGCGAGAUGGCCCACCUGGGCUUGGGCAGCGCGCAGGACGCUGUGCGCGGCCGUCGCGGCCCCCCGGCCUCCGCCCCCGCCCCCGCCCCCGCGCCGCGGCCCCCGCCCUGCGCCUUCCCUGCUGCUGCAGCUGGCUUGGCCUGCCCGCCCGACUACAGCCUGGUAGUGCGGGCGACCGAGCGCGCUCGGGCGCACGACCAGAACCUGGCAAACCUGGCCCUGCAGGCGCUGCGCGACGGGGCAGCAGCUGGAGACCGCGACCGGGACAGUUCGCCCUGUGUCGGCCUCCCUGCGGCCUCCCGGGGGCCCCCCAGGGCAGGCGCCCCCACGUCCGGGACGGGCAGUGCUACCUCUGCGGGCACCGUGGGGGAGCAGGGCCGGCCUGGCACCCACGAGCGGCCAGGAGCCAAGCCCAGGGCUGGCUCCGAGAAGGGCAGUGCCAGCAGCAGGGACGGGAAGACCACCGUGUGGAUCUGAGGGCGCUGGCUUGCGAGCUGGGCCAGGGAGGAGGAGGGUUGGGGGGCUCCGGUGGAAAUCUGUGACCCCUUCUCCUCAGCUUUCUCCUUAGCCGGAGGUCUCAGGCAGACUCUGCCCAGAGGGACAGCCAGGCUGCUCAGGGAAGGGGCUGAAAGCAGCAGAGGAGUGCUCUGGCUUGCUCACCACUGGGGCCAAGGUGGGUUGGAGAGAGGGUCUAGGAGCCAGGAAGGACCCUCUGCUGUGGUCUGAACCCCAGGGGGGCUGGGGCAUUGACUCCACCCCUGUCCUGAGCUGGAAUACAUCCUCUGGGAUGCCAGCUCUUCCCUUUGAGCUUCCCUGCAGCAAGCCAUGGAGGCCCUAGGGUGCCUGGUAUGGGCAUCAGUUGGUGGGAGUGCGGGGGUGCGUGUCCCCAUUCCCUGCGACAGGGAGGGCUCUGUUGAACAAGGAACGGGGCUCCUUCAGCCCUCCCCCUCCCAGCCCCAAACUGAGAGACUGGGAGCUGGGAGCCUGGGGUGGGCAGGACCAUACCCUCUUUGAGCUUCUGCGAUGCUGGCCUUCCCUUCCUCUGAGAGACUUGAAGUUCUGCAAAGAUGUUGACCAUGCCCGGCAGCUUGGACCCAGUGGGUGGUGGUCAGGGCCCGGGGGCUCCAUGCUGUGGGAAUGGGGCUCUGGGGUUCCUGUCUGUGGCCUGUCUGCCCUCCUCCCUAAUUCAGACCCAGCCUCAAGAAGAAAGGGAGUAAAAUAAAACUAACUUGUUUAUAA